CAUAAAAAGUAUUUUAUGGAACAGAUUUCAAGCUUGAAUUUCUGGAUUUGUUUUCUCUAAAUAUUAUUUAAGUUUCUAUUUUACUAAUUACAUAUUAUUGACAAUUUUAGCAUGAUUAUAUUCUUAGCAAUUUUCGAGCUACAUUUAUAGGAUAUAACUGUUGGAGAGACAAAGAAUAAUUUUUUUUUAGAAGAUAAAAAACUUUUUAAAAACUGAAACCACGUAGUUUUAUUAAAAAAAACAUGUUUGUGUGGUUUUAUUUUACACUGUUACACUUUUUGUCAGAAGUUCUAACUUGUACGGUUGCAGAUCAACUAUAUUCAACUAGAUGCCAACAUAUACAAAACUACGUAAUUCCAGAUGCUACUUCGUCCACACGACUAACAAGUAUUACCAGUGGAAAUUAUACAGUUCAAGCCAUAAUAACCAUUACUGGAAAUACAUUUUGUAGUAUAGUAAGCCGGUCUGGUUUAGUUCGUCAAUAUGCAAUUGAAUACGCUCUUUAUAAAGCUCACAAAAAAAUAAAUAAUUCACAGAGAGCAAAAAUUGGUUUACGAAUUGAUGACGAUUGUGCGAGUUUGCCUAUCACAAUGUCCAGGGGCAUUGAACUAGCGUCGAUGUUGCGUGAAAAUUCUGUUUGUCAAAAAAGCUUUCUUCAUUGUUCAAGCAAGAGUCAAGCAAGCUUCAACGAUAUACAAACUCCAAUUGGAGUUAUUGGAACUUUACUUAGCCUCACAACUAUACCUUUGGCAACUUUAACGUCGCUAUAUCGGAUUCCUCAAAUCAGCCCUGGGGCUAGCAGCAGUCUGCUGAGUAAAACUGAUUUAUACAAGUCUUUUUUACGAACUAUUCCCUCAGAUAUAAAUCAAGUGUCUGUAAUGUUAGACAUCAUUGAAACCUUCCGCUGGAAUUUUAUUAUAGCUGUAGGUUCUGAUGAUGAUUAUGGGAAGUUAGCUAUAUUUGAACUAGAAACAAGAGCUCGAAUGAGAAAUAUUUGUAUUACCGAAACUGUUUAUGUGCCAUUCAAGUCUCCAAAUACUGAAAAGAGUGUCAAAAACCUAAUGGAGCUAAUUAUCAAUAAAGCAAAGGCUAAAGUUGUUAUUUUGUUUUUGUAUGUUGUUGAUUUAGGCGACCUAAUAUUAAAUGAAGCUAAAAAAAGAGGGGUACAAAGAAUAUGGUUGACUAGUGACGCAUGGGUUACCACGGCAGAAAGCUUAAAUGAGACAUUGAGUAAUCAAACGCAUGGUAUCAUUUCAGUUUCGCCAAAGCGCUACGAAUUGCCAGAAUUUAUUCAAUUUAUGGAAAAUGAAAUAAAGAGUAACUUUAUGUGUAACAUGUGGCUAAAAAAUUAUCUCAAAAACAAUUUCAAUUGCGAGCCAAAAAACAUUUCUAGUAACAAAGAAAUUUUGUUUGGUUUUAAUAACUGUUCAGUGGACGUUAAAAACGUUAUGAAAGAACUAUCUAGUCCCGUUGGCAAAAUUAGCAACCUUAUGGAUGCUGUAACUGCGCUUGUUCUUUCUAUUUAUAAGUUCCUUGAAAUACAUUGUAUAAAAGAUAAAAACUGCUCUGUUUCUGCUAUUGCUCCUGUAGACUUAAAUGCUAUUGUCCGAAAUAUAUCUUUUAAAAACAGUAUGGGAGAAAUUAUUGAAUUUGACCAAUCAGGAGAACCAACAUACGUCUUGUACACAAUAGACAACUUACAGCUUUUAAAUGGACAAUUAAAAUAUGUUUCGAUUGGUAAUUGGAGUAACAAACGCACAAAACGUCUUUUGAUAGAAAAAAGCAUAAUAAAAUGGCCUUUUUGGUUUAAGAAACAACCAGAACAAAAUUACCCGAACUCUAGAUGUAGUGAAGACUGCAGAAAAGGGCAAUUUUAUACAGCAAAAACAGGUUGUUGUUGGAUUUGCGAAAGUUGCGCAAACAACCAUUAUAGUGAUACAAUAAUGGCUAAUAAAUGUUUACCUUGUAAAGCAGGUUAUUAUACACUGGAUCAUACCACAUGUUUAGCCUCACGUACAUAUUGGCGAAGCUAUAAUGACGCAGAAGGAGCCGCAAUAGUUAUUGCUAAUAGUAUAGGUCUAUUAUUAACAAUCUUGUUUAGUUUUGUUUUAUAUAAAUUUAGUCAUUUAGUUAUAACAGACGAAUCAUCUCCGCAUAUGAUCUUUAUUGGGUGUAUUAUUUUAGUUUUAACAUUUUCUUUUGGAUUUUUGAAUGUUGUGGAACCAUCUUUUUAUUUAUGUAAAGCAAAGAGUGCUGGGUUCCAAUUUUUGUUUAUGACAAUUUCUUCAUUUUUACUAAUAAAGACUAAGUUAAUGGCGGAAUUCCUUAAACGUAAAUCUAAAUUUCAAUUAUUUGCUUCACAAAUGCUGCUUGUUGCCUUUUUAUUGCUUGUACAAAUGUGCAUAAUUACUGCAUAUUUUGUAAUUGAUUCAGGACAAGCUGCUGUUAAAAACCAACCAGUUAAUGAUGGCUCUUUAUUAGAAAAAACUUGCAAUGUAGAAUUGACACCAACAAAACUUGUCUCAAUUUUACUUCCAAUUAUUUUACUGACAAUUUCGACAAUUUUUGCUUUUCGCGAUCGGAAUAGUAAGCAUACACUUUACGAGCCAAAAUUUUUAUGCUUUUCUUGCGCUGCUUUGAGCAUAAUAAUGGCAGCUUUUUUAUCAACUUUUAAGCUUUUAAAUGGAAAUUUAAAGACUCUGGUUUUGGCAUUUUCGGCAAAUGUUUCUGGCUUCAUUUUAAUGAUCUGCUUUAUUUUACCAAAAAUAUAUCUGGCACAAACUCGUUUUUUUAACAUAUCCUCAUUAAGAAAUGUUUUGUCGCCAUUUCCUACAUCUGAAAAUGAAAUUAAAAUCCAAAAUAAUACUUUAGCUAAUAACAACAAUAUUUUGCUAAACGAAAACAAUAUAUUACCGAAAAAAAAACUUAAUGAAAAAAAAGAUAAAAAACUCAAUGAAAACGACGUAUUACCAAAAAACAGUUUUAAACUUCUGAACAGUAAUGAUGUUGUAUCAAACAAUUUCAAUACUUAAUUUUAUAUUUCCAGCAAAAUUUUUGUUAGCAAAUUAUGUUAAUAUAUUACAAUAAACGCUUUUUUUCUGAAGCAC